AUGGCCGUCGGAAGGGAAACCCAGCUUAAGACCCGCACACGAAGCGAUGUGCAAAUACCGCAGCGGAGGGCAUUACCGUCGGGCCUUAUCGAUAUCACUCUCGCCCUGGGGCACCUCGCCAUAAUAGCGACGCACGCGAUGACAUUUGGAGGCUCGGUGUUUAAGGACCAGGAAGCGUUUAAGAAAUGGUUCCCUAAGCAGUCGUCGCCGGCACAUUACGUAUUCAACUAUGGCAUGCUCGGCGUGGAGGUUUUCUUGUUCUUGAGCGGGUUCCUCGCUUGUCGGGCUUUGCUUCGAGCGCAGUCUAUGGACGGACCUAGAUUCAGCAAGAGGGAGUUCUACAAGCACCGAUUGCUGCGAUUGUAUCCGACGCUGCUGAGCACCUCGCUUUUAACAAUGCUUCUGAGGGCGGCAGAGAACCCAAAGCAUGUGGAGAUGAGUGCCGUGCUGCGUGAUCUGACAUUCACGACGAAUCUCUAUCCCGCAAGCACGGCCAUGAACUCGAUGCUGUGGAGUACAGCCGUCGACUUUCAGUGCUACCUCCUAGCACCGUUCGCUCUUCCCCUGCUACAAAAGCUGGUCCUGAAGAGCGGAAUCAGGCCUCGAUCGAGGUACAUUGCGAUGAUCAUCGUCGCUUCAACGGCGAUGCGUUAUUUCUGCAACACGUUCAUGGACACGGCCCUCUUCAAGAGCCUUAUGGACAUGGCGACGAUGAGACUCUACUCGAGCAUCCUGUUCCGCUCGCUUCCCUUCGUCCUCGGUAUGCUGUUGUACAUUAACUGGGACGAUCGCCGAUCCCACCCACAGACCAACACCUCCAACUUCAUGUGGGUGCCUUACGCGCUCCUCAUGUCCCCGCCCGUCAGCGAAAAGCUGAUGCAGCAUUUCGGAUACCACUACAACGAAUGGCUCUUCGUCCUCCUCCUCCCGCAAUUCUGCGGUUUCGCCUACCACAUCCUCGACACCCUCUUCGACCUCGCCCCCGCAUGGCAAAGCCGAUUCGACGUCAUCGCCACUCGGGGUGGGUUCUCAUGGAUCGCGCGGCAAUCAUUCACCAGCUAUCUCCUGCACAGUCCCAUUGUCGGGGGUAUAGUCAUCGCCGCGCACGGGAAGGCGGAGGGACCGCCGUCGUACCUCCCGGUGAUGAUUGUGUGGGUCGCCGCCUCUGUUAUUUCGUUAACGGUGUCGUGGGGGUUCAAUCAGGUGGUUGUUGGACCCAUUGAUAAAGCGUUGACGGGACUUACGGUAGGUAAGGACAAGAGGGAGAGACGGGAAGCUGGGAUAAAGAAGGAUCUGUGA